AUGGCUGUUCAGGAGUCUAGUUGUGCCGUAGAUGACCGAGUAGAUGACGAAAAUUGUGGUCCACUGCUCAUACAAAAGUUGGAAGUAAGAUUUUCUAACGAAAAAGAAAACAGAACAAAACAGCUGUAAUACUAAGCGUAAAAUGCUAUCAUACUAAUAUCCACCUGCUUUUAAAAUAUGCAAGCUGUAGUUCUCAAGGGUGCUUGGUGGCAAGCAGUCAGUUAACUCAAAAUGUUUUGAACACAGUAGCUCCUUUACAUAUGUUAUUAAAGGACUGGUUAUAUAUUUAUACCUAUCAUAAGAACUAACCAAUAUAAUAUUUGAGGAAUUCCCGCAUUUGUAUAUUUUUUAUUCCAAUGCAGAUUUCAGAGCUAAGUUCAUAAGUUGCAAAUUCAAGUAUUCAGCUCUACAACAUAAACGUCAGAAAAAAUUACUGUAGGUGUCACACAUCCAAAUUGGUUGCCGUUCCACUUGACCGUACGUGGGUCUUUACAAAACGCUUAGUCAGUGAAGAGACCUUAAUAUUAGGAUUUGUCUAGACAUCCUUCAGUCGGCUAGAUGUAUUGUCCAGACAAUUGAGAUUAUCACAAAUUCCUUAGAAAGAUUAACACGCAGUUGACUGACGAUUAUUUUGUUUAACAAGUUAUUUUCUCUUGAACUUCAUAUUUUUUCAGUCCGCUGGGAUUGCUGCUGCUGACGUUAAAAAGCUUCGAGAGGCAGGCUUUCACACUGUUGAAAGUAUCCAGUUUGUUCCAAAGAAAACUCUGUUGGCAGUAAAAGGGAUUAGCGAAGCUAAAGCGGACAAAAUUAUAGUAAAAAUAAUUUAGGCGUUUACUACAUUGCAGGAAGCUGCUCAAAAGUUAGUCCCGUUUGGAUUUACAACUGCUACUGAAUUUCAUCAAAAACGGUCAGAAAUUAUCCAGUUAACCACUGGCUCAAAAGAGUUAGACAAACUGUUACAAGGUGGUAUUGAAACUGGAUCAAUUACGGAGUUGUUUGGGGAGUUUCGAACUGGAAAAACACAGAUAUGUCAUACUUUAGCCGUAACUUGUCAGUUUCAGAGCCAACAGUAUCGACUGCUAAAUUGAAGUUAGCAAGGUGGAAAUCAGUGUCGUCAAUUACCCAUUGAUAUGGGUGGUGGUGAGGGGAAAUGUUUGUAUAUUGAUACGGAAGGCACUUUUCGUCCUGAACGUUUGCUAGCAGUUGCAGAAAGAUAUGGUUUAUCUGGUAGCGAUGUCCUAGACAAUGUGGCUUAUGCCAGAGCCUAUAAUACUGAUCAUCAAAUGGAAUUACUUAUUAACGCAGCGGCUAUGAUGAGUGAGUCAAGAUAUGCAUUACUAAUUGUUGAUAGCGCCACAGCUCUUUAUCGUACUGAUUAUUCUGGUCGUGGGGAAUUAUCAGCACGACAAAUGCAUUUGGCUAGGUUUUUACGUACAUUAUUACGACUGGCUGAUGAAUUUGGUGUGGCUGUAGUUAUUACUAAUCAGGUAGUCGCUCAAGUUGACGGUGCUGCUAUGUUCUCUGCUGACCCUAAGAAACCUAUUGGUGGAAAUAUAAUGGGUCAUGCUUCAACUACCCGAAGUGAUGUUAAUGAGUAUCGACGAAACAACCUGUUAUCAGGUUUUCUAGCAUCGAUUUAUUUAAUAUACCUGGCUAACAUUAGUCGCUUACUUAUGGACUCACAUGCUACGUAACAACAAGAUUUAUAAAUGAGCUUUGUCGUUGAAUAUGACAUGCUUCAAUUGAUGAAUAUCUGUGUAUGGUACGUCGUUUGUUGAUGAUUCAGAAUGAAGUUGUAGAUUCAUUGAUUAAUUGCAUGAUCGUCAUUUGCACUUUUGCUCAGUAGUCUGUCAUCUGAUAAACAACUCGACUGUUAUAUUUUUAUACAUAAAUAUCGUGUUUACCUCCACAUAAUAUUCAGUCAUUAAUUUCCCUUUUUUUCAGUAACCGCGUUGUUCAGUUGUCCGUCCGUUUUGUAAAUUAUCAUUGAUCUAUCUCAGUCAUUUAUGAUGUCUUAACGCCAAUCGGUUUAAAAGUUUUUUACUGUUGUAUAAGUAAUGAAUAAAGUUUUUUUACAGACCAAUGAAUAGAAAAAUUGUAUUUCCGACGUUUCGUGGCUUAAUGUAAGUCACUUUUCAGAGUAAAUAAAUGAAGUGGCUUACAUUAAUUCACGAAACAUCUGAAAUAUAAAUUUCCUACUGAUCGAGACAUAACAAAAAUAUAUUUAUUAUUAACUUUCUACCCAAUGUUCAAUUUAUUUGAAACUAUCAACUUCCACCUUGUCAUUGAUACCUAUACAUUUAUGUGUCAUUAUUUCUUUCGAAAAAAUCCAACCUCCUUUCAGAUUAUACCUCAGAAAAGGUCGUGGAGAAACUAGAAUCUGUAAAAUUUAUGACAGUCCUUGUUUACCAGAAGCUGAAGCUAUGUACGCUAUUCUUGCCGAUGGUAUAGGUGACGCAAAAGAUUAACGAAGUUUUGUAACAAACAAACCAAUUUAUGUUCAAAGAGUUCACUUCGAGUUAGACAUUCUUCACAAGACAGUUCCGUUAAAAUUCUGAAUAUUGUAAAUAUGUGACCAUAGUUACUCCGUUGACAGGUUGUUUUAUUUUCUGUAACACUAAUGCUUUCUCUGAAAACAUUUGGUUUAUUUUUUAGAAGGAAAAUUUUUAUAUACAUUGAUUUAUUAAGAAAAAAA